CAUACACAUACAUAUCCUUUUUGUACAAAUAGCAAAUUACAAUGUGCGGAGGAAACAACCCCCGUCCUACUUCCAACGGCCGCAUCGCAGUCAUGUUCCCCUCCGCAUCGACCAAGAGUAUGAAUACGUACUCGCUGUUUUUCCAUGAGGGUCAGACAGCGUCUCACACGCGAGCGGUAUUUCGGCUUGAAGAUCCCAGUACGAGAGAUGCAUUCGGGAAGUGCAAGAGUAUCGAUUUGAGGAUCGAGUAUGACCCCUCCCUCUUUCUAACUGUAUCUGGUGGUUAGGAGGGUUAUACAAUGCUAACAGGGGCUUGCAGACGGUAUGGGGAUCUCACAUCGGCGUUGACUGCGCCACCGCUGCAUCGGUUCCGGCUACGGCCUAACCCUAAAUCGGUGCGAAAAGGGAUGGAGAUGGAGUUUGUGUUGCCGGAAAGGUUGGAUCUGGGGGUUUCGGAGAGGGGGAUUGUAGGGAGGCAGGUUACUGUUGUUGCCGAG